CCCCCAGCUACAAGCCCUUGGUCCCUUGGUUGGUCUGUCCUUCGGAAAGCGACCCCUGCCCAUCAGUCCCCACUGGGCCUGCCAGCCGCGCCUCUGCUCUUCUCCGCUGACUCCGCCCUGCGUCUGUAGGACCCGCCUCGCGUCUGAGCUGACCCUCUGCGCGUCUGCCAGUCAGUCCCUCCGGACCUGCCGCCAGCCUCAGGCUGCAGAAAUCUCCGCGCCUCACUCGGUCCGUACCCAGUGGGCAUCUUGGGUAUCUGGGCGGUCUCCGGUUCCCCGCGCGUUUGUACGUCUGUCUCUCUGAUCCGCUGCCUGCAGCCUGCCUGCUGUCCCAGCACACCAAAUGUCCAGUGUGCCCUUUUGCUGACGCUGAGUGCGGAGCGGCCUUUUACCUCAACAGUGAUUCUGAGUCUGCUUUUCGCUUCCCUUCGGCUGCCUUCGCUUUUUCUGUUCCUGAACAGCUUUUUGGCCCAUAGAUUAGAGAAAGCAGCCCUUUUCUCUCCUCGGAAAGCCUCCUGUGUUCAGAGAGAUGGGGAGUGGGGAGCCUAAUCCUGCUGGCAAGAAAAAGAAGUACCUCAAGGCUGCCCUAUAUGUGGGUGACUUGGAUGCAGAUGUCACAGAGGACAUGCUCUAUAAGAAGUUCAGGCCUGCUGGCCCUCUGCGAUUCACCAGAAUCUGCCGUGACCCGGUGACCCGCAGUCCCCUGGGCUAUGGCUAUGUUAACUUCCGCUUUCCAGCGGAUGCUGAGUGGGCCUUGAACACCAUGAAUUUUGACUUGAUUAAUGGCAAACCAUUCCGCCUCAUGUGGUCACAGCCUGAUGACCGAUUAAGAAAGUCUGGAGUUGGAAAUAUAUUCAUCAAAAACCUGGACAAAUCCAUAGACAAUAGGGGUCUGUUUUAUUUAUUUUCUGCUUUUGGUAACAUUCUCUCUUGUAAAGUUGUAUGUGAUGACAAUGGCUCUAAGGGUUAUGCGUAUGUGCAUUUUGACAGCCUGGCUGCUGCCAAUAGGGCUAUCUGGCACAUGAAUGGAGUACGGCUCAACAACCGCCAAGUAUAUGUUGGCAGAUUCAAAUUCCCUGAAGAGCGAGCAGCUGAAGUCAGAACCAGGGAUAGAGCAACUUUCACCAAUGUUUUUGUUAAAAACCUUGGAGAUGACAUGAAUGACGAAAAACUGAAGGAACUUUUCAGUGAAUAUGGGCAAAUUGAGAGCGUCAAGGUAGUAAGAGAUGCUAGUGGGAAAUCUAAAGGUUUUGGAUUUGUGAAAUACGAGACACACGAGGCUGCCCAAAAGGCGGUGUUAGAACUGCAUGGAAAGUCAAUGGAUGGGAAAGUGCUAUACGUAGGACGAGCACAAAAGAAAAUUGAACGCUUGGCUGAAUUACGGCGGAGGUUUGAGAGGCUGAGAUUAAAAGAAAAAAGUCGGCCUCCAGGCGUGCCUAUAUAUAUUAAGAACCUGGAUGAGAGCAUAGAUGAUGAAAAACUGAAGGAAGAAUUUUCUUCAUUUGGAUCAAUUAGCCGAGCCAAAGUGAUGAUGGAAGUGGGGCAGGGGAAAGGGUUUGGUGUGGUCUGCUUCUCCUCUUUUGAAGAGGCCACCAAAGCAGUGGAUGAGAUGAAUGGUCGCUUAGUGGGCUCCAAGGCCCUGCAUGUCACCCUGGGCCAGGUUAGGCGAAGGUGGUGAGAAUGAGAAUGUUCAAUUUUUCUCAGCUUUAGCUGAUGCUACUUAGUUUGUCUCCCUUUGUAAUAAGGGUUAUUUUGUGCCAAUUCAAAAGUGUUAUUUUUUAAGUGACUACUUUCUUUUGAAAACAAAAUGAAACUAGAUAAUCUUGUUCAUUUAAGUGAAGAACAUAAUUUCUAAUUGUAAAGUCAUUUUGUACUAUUUUUUGAUAUAAUAUCCUUAGGAAUAUGUAGAAUAAUGUUUAUUCCUCCACAUUUUUUCCUGUACAGCCAAGGUAAAAAAAAAAUUGAUUGAAUGUAUUUCCCUCUUUAUUUAUUUAAAUAAUACUAAAUUUAAUUUCUUCUGAAAAUUAUCUUAGCAUGAUCUUUCCAAAUGUAUCAUAGUAAAUAUUUCUAACUUGCUUUUUGAGAAAUCAAUAGAGCAGAAAAAAUGUAUUUAAUCCAGUUAGAAUCUGUGCAUAACUUUACUUUAAAUUAUUAUUUUAAAAUGAAUGUUCUUUUUAAAAGAUAUGGGUUUUUUUUUAAUUUAUUAUUUUCCUUUCAAAAUAUAUUGUGGGCAUAUUACAUACUUUUUAAUGCAAUAGACUACUCUUGGGAGUUGUUUUUAUUAACGUCAUGCCCUGUUUUCUUAAUCAGUACCUUAAAAAAAUAACACUUCAGGCAGUGGUUAUUUAAAGCUAAAAACCUUUUUUGAGAGAUCUGAUAGUUCAGAACACUAUGGACAAUUCUUAUCACUCACUUUUCUGGAUUCUUUAGUGCCUGUACUGAGAUUAUGUUAAAUUAACAAUAAAGGUGAGUAACUGCACAAACUUGCCUUUACUAUAGAUAAUAUUUUACCUUCAGCCUCAGUUAAAUGUCACUGUAAAAUUUAAAUAAUCUAUAGAAUGAUGUUGAGAAACUGUAUUAAAGACCAUCUAUUAAACUUGUAAUCUCUUGUAAA